AUGAAGUACCUCGAGUAUCCCGAGCUCGAGCUGCUCUCGCGUGCACUCACCUUCGAGUCGGCAGAAUGCAAGGUCUUCACCCGCAUGGAGGCAUACUCUUGCAAGACCGUUUCCAAGGAGAAGCGUCUCUUCAAGAGUCUUGAGUCUUCAUAUCUUCGCUCCGCCUCCACCUCUCCGCCCGACUACCUCGAGGCGGCGCUCGCAUCUCCUUUUGGCCGUCUCGACCAGGCAUCCGCUCGCAAGACGCUAUUCUUGCUCAUCGCUACGCUCAACGUCGCAUUCCCCGAUCAUGACUUCAGCGAGGUCAACCCGGCCGACUUCCGCAAGGAGAUGAGCCCAGCCAUGGUGCUCAACUCGCUCAGCACGACGCUGCUCAGUCUCAAGACGUCGUCCAAUGCGCCGCGCUCCUAUAGCUCCUUCCCCGGCUCAUUUGAAGAGCCCAGCUUCGCGCUCGGCACGGCUGGCGAAUCGCCAAGCUCGGGAGGAGGAACGACAUCGUUGCCACCCCUCAUCACCCAUCCUGCGCUUUCGCACAUCCUCGACGACAUCAUGAAUGUUUCUGACUGUGAGGUCUACACGUUUCACCCCGACAUGAAUUCGGACCCACACGCCAGCGCAGAGCCCGAAGAGGAGGGCGAUCUUGGUGAAGAUGACUUGUACGAGGAUGAAGAGUACUGGGAUGACGACGACGGCAUGCGCGGACGUGAAGAUACGCCGCGUGCACGAACGCACGGCCCUGCCGAUGACGAUGACGAAGAUAUGGAGGAUGCGCCCAUGUUUGACGAGGACGUUUACGGCAACGGUCUCGCCGGAGGCAAGCCAGCUCCUCACGCAAUUGCAACCAUUGGGCCCGACGGAAACGUGGUUCUCUCGCGUGCCGGCCUCGACGCGAGGAGGAGGCCUUCCAUGGACACCUUGAGCCUCGCAUCUUACUCUUCCUACCACGACGCGAGCUACGAUGACGAGGAGGACGAAUUGGACGGCACUGGCGCUGGUCUGCUCUGGUCCACCUUUGCCUUCUUCUACAAUCGCAAAAUGAAGCGAAUUCUCUUCGUCUCGGUGUGGAGCCGCAAGAAUGCCCGCUUUGGCAUGCCCACCUCCUCUUGGGCCUACGCACAACCUCCGCCCGUGCUCAGCGCAUCGCUUGGAUCGCCACAAGCCAGCUUUGGCCGCUUCGCGUCGCUGCCUUCUGCUGCCUCGGGCCGUCAACGAGCUUCGCCCAACGCGUCAAAGAAGCAAGCCGCUGUUGCAGCUGCACCUGCUGCGUCUGCCGCCGCUCCCACGCUCGCCAAGCGUGCCAUUGCCAGGACCGACUCGACCAGCUCGCUCAAACGCGCUGGACGACCAGGACACAUUCGCACCGACUCCGGCAGUCCAGCACCAUCGCAACUUUCGCCCUUCCCGCACGCUUCGCCACGCGCUGUACGCACCACCGAUCCGAUGGACAACAUUGUGGUCGUCGAUGGUCGAAGAGCCAUCAACUCGCUCGAUGCCACUCUUCUCAGCGCCAGCGCGCCUGCUGCUGCUGCGGGCGCCGGUGUUGGUGGUGCAAUCAAGGCGGCGUCAGCAGCGCGAGCUACUCCUACGUCUGUGCGCAGCAAACGCUCCUCUGACGGCUCCUCGAGCACGUUUGAUCAGAAGCGUGUUAAGAAACAGGCUGCUUGA